UGCGCUUUCUCCGGGACCUUCUCCUCCCUUUUCUUUGCUUCUCCUCGGCUCCCGCCGAAUUCGCCUUCCGCGCAACGAUGUGCGUGUGAACGCUUGCAAACACCGGCGUCCAGGAGCCAUCACAAAGGGGGUUGCAGCAGGAUUACGACAGAGCAUGGACCUAAAAAUGAGACACUAGGGAUGCAAAGGCAGUAUCCUCCAGGGGCCUACCUUGGGUGCUAAAUCUGUAGCACAUCUUCAAUCAUGGUUGUUUCAGGAUUAAAGGCUGUUCCACUGUCAUUGCCAAGCCUUUUCUUUCUCACUUUUCACCUCUCUGCAUCGCAGAAUGUUCUUGAUUACCCCGAAGAUGAACAACAGUGUUCAAGAAGAGAGCACCCUGUGAUUUCUUUUGAAGAUCUGAAGCCCUGGGUCUCAAAUUUCACCUAUCCAGGUGUACGGGAUUUCUCUCAGCUUGCUCUGGAUGCCAAUAGGAAUCAACUUAUUGUUGGAGCCAGGAACUACCUCUUCAGACUUAGUCUACACAACGUUUCUCUUAUUCAGGCAACAGAAUGGGGCUCAGAUGAAGACACCAGGAGAUCCUGUCAGAGUAAAGGAAAAACUGAGGAGGAAUGCCAGAACUAUGUUCGUGUUCUGAUUGUUUAUGGCAAGAAGGUUUUCACUUGUGGCACCAAUGCCUUUUCACCAGUAUGUUCCAGCAGGCAGGUAGGAAAUCUUAGCAAAAUAAUUGAGAAAAUAAAUGGGGUAGCCCGCUGUCCCUAUGACCCUCGACACAACUCGACAGCCGUAAUCACAUCACAGGGAGAACUGUAUGCUGCGACUGUCAUUGAUUUCUCUGGACGGGAUCCAGCUAUUUACCGCAGCCUUGGAAACGUCCCACCUCUUAGAACAGCACAAUACAACUCCAAAUGGCUUAAUGAACCCAACUUCAUCGCUGCCUAUGACAUUGGUUUGUUUACUUACUUCUUUUUCCGUGAGAAUGCUGUCGAACAUGACUGUGGAAAAACCGUCUAUUCUCGCGUGGCAAGGGUUUGCAAAAACGACAUUGGGGGGAGAUUUUUGUUGGAAGACACCUGGACCACAUUCAUGAAGGCUCGUCUGAACUGCUCCCGCUCUGGAGAAAUUCCUUUUUACUACAAUGAACUGCAGAGCACUUUUUAUCUUCCUGAACAAGAUUUGAUCUAUGGAGUGUUCACUACCAAUGUAAACAGUAUUGCUGCUUCAGCAGUGUGUGCCUUCAAUCUCAGUGCUAUUACACAAGCCUUUAAUGGACCUUUCCGAUACCAAGAAAAUCCAAGAUCUGCGUGGCUGCCAACCAUCAACCCCAUCUCUAAUUUUCAGUGUGGAAUAUUGAAUGAUGAUAGCCCCAAUGAAAACUUGACUGAGAGGAUCCUGCAGGAUGCCCAGCGCUUAUUCCUGAUGAACGAUGUGGUGCAACCAGUCUCUGUGGAUCCAUACGUCACUCAGGACAACAUCCGUUUUUCUAAGCUGGUGGUUGACAUUGUUCAGGGCAAGGACACACUUUAUCAUGUGAUGUACAUUGGAACAGAGCAUGGCACCAUUUUGAAGGCACUUUCUACCACUAAUAAGAGUCUGAGGAGCUGUUAUUUAGAGGAAAUGCAGAUUCUUCCUGCCAGCCAAAAGGAGCCAAUCCAGAGCCUUCAGAUAUUGCACAGUGACAGAUCACUGUUUGUGGGUUUGAAUAAUGGAGUGCUAAAAAUUCCUCUGGAGAGGUGUUCGAUGUACAGAACAGAAGGUGAUUGCUUGGGAGCAAGGGACCCAUAUUGCGGCUGGGAUAAGAAGCAGAAGCGAUGCACAACCAUUGAGGACAGCUCCAAUAUGAGCCUGUGGACGCAGAAUAUUACUGAGUGCCCUGUGAAAAAUCUGAUGGUGAAUGGGCGGUUGGGGAUCUGGUCCCCAUGGCAACCGUGCGAGCACUCAGAUGGAGACAGCACCGGUUCCUGCAUGUGCAGGUCACGGUCAUGUAACAGCCCUCAGCCUCGGUGUGGUGGACGUGACUGUGAAGGAGCCCGGAUAGAGAUUGCAAACUGCUCAAGGAAUGGAGCAUGGACACCAUGGUCGUCCUGGGCCCCCUGCAGCACUUCCUGUGGGAUUGGCUUUCAGGUCCGUCAGAGGUCGUGCAGCAACCCUGCUCCGCGAUACGGAGGCAGGGUCUGUGUCGGACAAAGCAGAGAGGAGCGGUUCUGCAAUGAGAACAGUCCAUGCCCAUUACCAAUCUUCUGGUCUUCGUGGGGCCCUUGGAAUAAAUGUAGUGCAAAUUGUGGUGGAGGGGUGCACUCUAGGCAGAGGUCCUGUGAAAAUGGAAACACCUGCCCAGGCUGUGCUGUGGAGUUUAAAACAUGCAGUCCAGAGGCCUGCCCAGAGGUGCGGAGAAACACGCCUUGGACUCCCUGGAUGCCCACCAAUAUCACCCAGAGUGGUGCCCGCCAGGAGCAGCGCUUCCGCUACACCUGCCGCGCUCAGCUUGCUGACCCCCAUGACCUCCAGUUUGGCAGAAAGAAAACAGAGAGUCGGUUCUGCCCCAACGACGGAUCGGCGAUUUGCGACACUGAUUCUCUAGUUGAUGACCUUCUGAAGAGUGGCAAGACCUCUAUUAGGAUUAUCAGUGGUGGCUGGUCCUUUUGGGGAGGCUGGUCCUCCUGUUCCCGAGACUGUGAGCUGGGCUUCAGGACCAGGAAGCGAACAUGCACCAACCCAGAACCCAAAAAUGGCGGCCUACCUUGUAUAGGAUCUGCAAUGGAAUAUCAGGAUUGUAACCCACAUCCCUGCCCAGUGAAAGGCUCCUGGUCCUGCUGGACUCCUUGGUCUCAGUGCUCAGCGACUUGUGGAGGUGGGCACUACCAGCGCACUCGAACCUGCACCAAUCCAGCGCCAUCUAACGGGGAGGAUAUCUGCAUUGGGCUGCACACAGAGGAAGCACUGUGCAAUACACACUUGUGUGAAGGAGGUUGGUCCGAAUGGUCUGAAUGGGGUUUGUGUAAUGAAGAUGGGAUCCAGUAUCGUAGUCGCUACUGUGAAAUCCACAGUCCAGGAUCUUCCCUGUGUGCUGGAAACAGCACGCAGUAUCAAGACUGCUUGUACAAUGAGAUCCCCGUAAUCCUGCCAGCCUCGAGCAUUGACGAGAGCACGAACUGUGGAGGUUUUAGCCUCAUUCACCUUAUUGCCACAGGAGUCUCCUGUUUCUUUGGUUCUAGCCUCUUAACUUUUGUGAUCUACGUUUACUGCCAGCGCUGCCAGAGGCAAUCUCAGGAAUCAACCGUUAUCCAUCCCACCACUCCUAACCAUCUCCAUUACAAAGGGAACACAACACCCAAAAAUGAGAAAUACACACCUAUGGAAUUCAAGACACUUAACAAGAACAAUCUAAUACCAGAUGACAGGACCAACUUCUAUCCUUUGCAGCAAACAAACGUGUACACAACAACCUAUUAUCCCAGUACACUGAAUAAAUAUGACUACAGGCCAGAGGCCUCCCCUGGAAGGACCUUUACUAACAGCUGAUGAUGGUCAGAACCUCCAAGAACUGAAUUACUUCCUAUAUGAUUUUUAUUUUUAAAUUGAGUUUAUGGACCAAAUAUUGGCCCAGUCUCUAGAUGUACAUAUUCUACAGUGGGCCUUUUAUUUUCUCUUUUGUCAGUGGUCUUACUUUCGAGUAGCACAUCUCCUCAAGUGGACCCACUGCUUAAGGGUAAUGGAUUAUCUUGCCUAGGAUAUUUGAGGGGUCCUCGCUAGAGGUAGCACUUAUUGCUAUGGAUAUUUACAGCUGGAGAUGCGCCUUUGAGUCUGAUGCCAAGUUUGUCAAGGAACCAACCAUAAUGUGCUACAUUUGUAUGGAAUGGUAUGUGACUACCCAGCACUUCUUCAGCAACUCAGUGGACAUGGAAGAGAGAUGGCAGCAGUGCACUGAGACACAUCCUUCAUAGGCUUACGGCUUAAGGGUAGUAUGAAUAUCAUUCACAAGAUAAGCCUUAUGGAACAUUGUGCUCAAGAUUUGGGUUUUAAACUUCAGGGGCUGGGGGAGGAGGUUGUUGAUCAGUGACAUCAACAUUUCCUUUGACAUGGAGAAAUAUAUGCAACUUCAAUGGGAAAUUGUCUUGAGAGAUUUACAAAACAAAUCUGAGGUUCUUCAGACAAAAGAAGCGUUUUGGAACAUUUUCUGCCAGGGUUUUGAAGAACAAGUAGCAAGAUGCCAGGUUUGGAUACGUAAUGCAUGGGCUCUGUGCACAUGAAAGAUGAUUUAUCCCACUGGAGAAAAUAGGAAGAGGGUGGAACAAGAGCCAUGGAAUAUCCUAAUAGGAAGAAACUAUUUUCUUCUAACUUUGAUUCCAGUAGCCUCUUAAGGAACUGCUAGAUUGACAGCCCUCUGUCCUUGUUGAAAUCACCAAGCUUUGUGCUAAUGCUGAUUUUAUUUUUUAUAAUUUUUUAUUCACUUGAACAAAGAAAAAAAAUGUUUGAGUCCACUUUGUCUCUAAAGAAUGUUGCCAUAGCUUAGUCUAAUCCAGAAAGUCUACUGCAGAUUCCUUUAGUGUCUUCCAGCCAGUAUGUCUCCAUGAAAAUACUAUGUGCAUCAUCAUUUGCCAAUUUGUAUCAGUUUCUGAGCGAGAUGAAGAAAAGUAAUUUUGCUACAGUUAAGGUAAACUGGGGUCUGUAGCAUUUUCAAACAAUCCAGUCCAGCUUUGAAAUGUUAUUCUGUGUACGUGUGUGACUGUGUUAGACCAGUGCAAAGCCAUGAUGUCUUUGGCCAGAUGAUUGUCUAGCAGGAAGCACACCUGUGAGCCUGGCUUUAAAGGAUGCUCCCAUCCAGUGUGUCUGGCAAUAUAAGUGAGUUUGCCACUGUUGUUCAGCGUUCCUUGGUAUAUACAUUUAUAUAUAUAUAUUAAUGAACUCCUGGUGCUAAGAGUUGGAGAUUUCCACAAUGCAGAGCAUGUGAUAAGAGUGUGAGCCACUCCCUGCAUGUAUGAUGAGCCCUCCAAAAGCUUGGGUUUCUCUUCUGUAUCUUCUUUCAGCUUUGACUAUAUCUGUUUGCAGUUGCGGGCUUGACCAUGCUCUUUAUGUAAUUUGUUUUAUAUUCAGCUUUGCAGUCUGGCAGUCAGAACUAUGCACCUUGCUGCCAACACCACCUUUAAAACCCCUUUUGGAAGUAGAGUCUGAAAGAUGGCAGAGUCAGGGACGUUAAUGCAGGCAGAAAGUGCAAACUGGCAAAUGCUUCUAUUUAUGUCUCAGAAUGCCCGGUUGUUUUGGAUGGAAAGAUGACCCAGUGCUAAUGCCAAUAUCUCAAUAUUAACUAUUGCAACCACAAAUCAUAAAACAUUGGUGCCUACACUGUGAACUAUUUCACUCACUGAAGUAGUCUGGCUGGGUGCAUUGGCCAGAUUUUUGGGAUUGGGGUAUGCAGCUUGCUUGGUUUUUCUCUUUUUAUUUCCAUGAGCCAGUGAUUGAGCACUUGAUCAGUCAAUAGUGUUACAGGCUCUUAUCCCAAUCUAAGCCCUUGUGGGAGCUCUGUGGCUCACAUGAAGCUUGUGAGUGGAAAACUUCCAUUAAGCACACCAGAAGAAACUGCAGCAGAUGCGUAUCUGCUUUUUCCAUUGAACAGAUUCAGACAACCCUUGCUGGCAGGUCUAAGGUCCCCCAUAGAUAAGAAAUAGUUGGAUCACGGUUGCUAUAAAGCAAUGUUUCAGAAGGUUGCAGUGAGUUGCAAAUUUGUUACUCAUUUGCAACAGUGUAUACAAAUUAAUUAAGCCUUUCAUUCAUUAUUCUCUCAACCCCCAUUCUUUUGCUUCUUUUCCCAGGUAGAUGAAAACUAGAGUUUCAUUUCUUCUACUUAUAAGAUUUUCCUGCCCCUCCUUUCAUCU